GGAGCUGCUCACACAAACUGCACCGCAGUCCGGCAUCUGCACAAACACCGGUGGUUCACCUGAAGAGCGAGAGGAUGGACGCAGCAUACAAGAAAGUGAAUGGAAGCUACGACCAAGAUGCAGAGAAAGGGGACCAAGGCACAGGGAGGAGAAGGGGAUCCAUGUAUCUGGAGGAGGAGACCGACAAGAAGUCAGAAGUGAUCUCCUGCAUCUUCUCCCUGAAAGAGGAGGUCGGGGCUUUAGCCAGGGGCCUACGGCUCUUUGAGGACAAGGGCAUCAACCUGACACAUAUUGAGUCCCGUCCAUCGAGGAUGAACAAAGACCAGUACGAGUUCUUCAUCAGCGUGGACUCCACCUGCUCCCAGGCCCUGGACGAGGUCAUCGACGGCCUGCGUACACAAAUCAGCGGCCACGUGCAUGAGCUGUCACGCAACAAAGAGAAGGACACAGUGCCGUGGUUCCCUAAUGACAUCCAGGACUUGGACCGCUUCGCCAACCAGAUCCUCAGCUAUGGCUCAGAGCUGGAUGCUGAUCACCCGGGCUUCACAGAUCCAGUGUACAGAGCCCGCAGAAAGGAGUUUGCAGACAUCGCCUACAACUACAGACAUGGUCAAGCCAUCCCUCGAGUGGAGUACACAGAGGAGGAAAGGGUCACAUGGGGCAUGGUGUUCAAGGAGCUAAAGAGUCUGUACCCGACUCACGCCUGCCGCGAACACAACCGGGUCUUCCCCCUGCUGGAGAAAUACUGUGGCUACAGGCAGGACAACAUCCCACAGCUAGAGGACGUCUCCCGCUUCCUGCAGUCGUGCACAGGCUUCCGGCUUCGCCCGGUAGCCGGCCUCCUCUCGUCCCGGGACUUUCUGGCUGGCCUUGCCUUCCGAGUCUUUCAUUCCACGCAGUACAUUCGUCACAGCUCCAAGCCCACAUACACACCUGAGCCGGAUAUCUGCCAUGAGCUCCUGGGACACGUUCCACUGUUUGCUGACCCUAGUUUUGCCCAAUUCUCACAGGAAAUCGGACUUGCCUCCCUUGGAGCCCCUGAUGAGUACAUUGAGAAACUUGCUACUGUGUACUGGUUCACUGUGGAGUUUGGCCUUUGUAAGCAGGGCUCAGAGAUCAAAGCAUAUGGAGCUGGCCUGCUUUCAUCGUUUGGAGAGCUGCAGUACUGCUUGACAGACAAACCCAAACUCCAGCCCUUUGACCCCGACAAGACCAGCCUCCAGAAAUACCCAAUCACAGAGUACCAGCCUGUUUACUUUGUCGCUGAGAGCUUUGAGGACGGUAAAGAGAAAGUCCGGAAAUUUGCAUCCACCAUCCCCAGGCCUUUCACAGUGCGCUACAAUCCCUACACCCAGAGCAUUGAAGUGCUGGACAACACCCAGCAGCUCAGGAACCUGGCUGACAGCAUCAAUAGUGAAGUGGGGAAAUUGUGCGAAGCCCUGCGGAAACUGCAGUAACUUUCAGCACACGAAAUCGAGCCGAAAACUCUCUUCAUUUCCUCAAUGAAACUGUCAGCUUGCGGUUCUGCUUAGCAUGCGCACAAAUGAGCUUUCUCUGUAUUAAAACAAAUAUGCAAAGUCAAAUAUCAGCAAUAUUACUGUAAUCCAAUUAUUAUUUUAGUUAAGUGAAUAAAGUGUAGUUACCUAUGUAGGAUAAUAGGGAAUAAGGAAUGUUACUGUCCAUAUUAUUAUGUUAUUAAGAGUUUUUCAGAAUAAGAGAAUAAGUGACUUUAAUGAAUUUAAAAUCCAAUAUGUAAACAUCAAAUUGCUUCUAACGUGAUGCAAAUCAGUUGAAAUAAUAUUUUUUUUCCUAUGCAUUUUUAACCUAAAGGCAUACUGAGAGAUAAUUUUUGUUACUAGCUUUCAUUGUGCUCAGCUAAAUGAAAUGUUUUGUAUAUGCAUGAAAGAUUUUAAUGAAAAGAAAGAAAUGUUUCUCUUCUUUCCUCCUGUCGUUCAUAUUGCUAAUUAUUUCUCACAUAUCGAUGCUAGAGCCAGGAUGCUGCAUAUUUCAAAUAAUACUAUUUUUAUUAAGUAUGUAUUCAUGUGUUUGUAAUCAACUUUAACUCAUCAUGUGGACAGACUGAGACAUGAACAGAUAAUAAAUGAUAAUAUAGUAUAACACAGAUGUAGUAAUAUAAAAUAUGUUAUACUUGCAAAUGAAUAAACACUUAAAAACGUCCUUGUAUCUGCUUACAAAUACCAUAUAGUUGCUUAUAAAUGCUAAAUAGGGGUGUGUAAAGAAAGGUUUCAGCCAUUUACAACAUAAUACUAGAGAAAUCAGAGUGAGUUAAAUAAACUUAGAGUAAAAUAAAUGACAUUAAACAAACAUUUGAGACAAAGUUAAAGACAUAUUAAUACUACUACUACUAAUAAUAACACUAAUUAAAUGUAUAUAUAGGAAUUAUGAGGCAAUUAUCUUUGAUUAAGCAUGUAGAGGCAGUAUAUAAACAUUAAAUAAAUGGUUUAUAACACAUUGUAAUAUAGUUGUAGGCAGACGUAAGGACAUUUUAAGUGUUUAUUGAUGCAGUCUUAGUCAAGACAUAACAUAAUUAAGAUUAUGUAAUUACAAAUGAGUUCAAUUAUAUAGUCAUUCAUUAAGUUUAUAUGCCAGCUUUCAGUGAUGGAUGACAUAUUAAUAAACGUUUAAAAAUGUCUAUAGCUGCUUACAGCUGCAUUAUUCUUAUAAACGAGGGAUAAAAUACAUAUAACAUUAAUA